AUGCCUGUGCCUGUGGUAAACGGUACAGCCACAUUGUUGUUGGUGGCACCGGACAAGCCACUCAUGAACCAGACAAUCAACUUCUAUUCCAACAUGGUCGGAAUGUCCAUCAAGUCCGAGACGUCGACGGCCGCCAUUUUGGCUGGUCACAACGCAACCACCAUCCGAAUUGAGAUCUCGGAAUCCGCCGAUUCCGUUGAUUCCAUUGCCGAGUUGAAAUCUCGCUGGGCUGAAACCUUUCAAACCUGUGACUGGCGCUCUCGUCUGCUGCACUUGACGUUAUCAGUGUCUAACUUGAAUGACUUGGUCACUCGGUUCCAGGGCUUCGACUUCCCAGUCCAGCUCUUCCCCAAUGACUUAUAUCCCACUGAGGCCUACACCGUGGACCCCUUGGGCCACUUGAUUGGCUUCACCAGCGCUGCCAAUGCCUUGACCUUGAACCCUCCCGUGCAGAAGAUGAACGUGGAGGAGCAGGAGGCCACCUUGAUGUCCACAUCGGUGUCGGAGUACUCCAAGAAUAUCGACACCGGUGCAGCUUCCAACAGAAACAUUGCAGUGAUGACUUCCGGAGGUGAUGCUCCAGGAAUGAAUGCCAAUGUCCGCGCAGUGGUAAGAGCUGCCAUCUACAGAGGCUGCAAGGCUUUUGCUGUGAUGGAGGGCUACGAGGGUUUAGUGCGUGGUGGCCCCAAGUACAUUCGUGAAAUGAGCUGGCAGGACGUCCGUGGAUUCUUGUCGGAUGGAGGAACCAACAUCGGAACUGCCAGAUGCAUGGCUUUCAAGGAGAGAGCUGGUAGAUUGAAGGGAUGUAAGCACUUGAUCGAUGCGGGUAUCGAUGCGUUGAUCGUUUGUGGUGGAGAUGGCUCUUUGACUGGUGCAGACUUGUUCAGGGCAGAGUGGCCCAGCUUAAUGGAGGAGUUGAAAGAAACAGGAGAGAUUACUGCUGAGCAAUACGAGAAACACAAACACUUGAACAUCUGUGGUACUGUGGGUUCCAUCGAUAACGACAUGGCUACCACCGAUGCCACCAUUGGAGCCUACUCGUCUUUGGACAGAAUCUGUAGAGCCGUGGACUACAUCGACGCUACUGCCAACUCUCAUUCCAGAGCGUUUGUGGUUGAGGUCAUGGGAAGACACUGUGGUUGGUUGGCAUUGAUGGCUGGUAUUGCUUGCAGUGCGGACUACAUCUUGAUUCCCGAGAAGCCUUCGUCUUCCAAAGACUGGCAAGACCAGAUGUGUGACAUCGUGUCCAAGCACAGAGCCAAGGGUAAGAGAAAGACCAUUGUCAUUGUUGCCGAGGGUGCCAUCACUAGUGAUCUAAAAUCAAUUUCUGCCAAGGAGGUCAAGGAUGUCUUGGUAGACAAGUUGGGCUUGGACACCAGAGUCACUACUUUGGGUCAUGUCCAGAGAGGUGGUACUGCCGUAGCGUACGACAGAGUGCUUGCCACUUUGCAGGGUGUUGAGGCUGUCAAGGCUGUUUUGGAGUCUACCCCAGACACUCCAUCUCCAUUGAUUGGUAUUGAGGAGAAUAAGAUCGUGAGAUUGUCUUUGGUGGAUGCUGUGCGUAUCACAAAGUCGGUUGCUGCUGCCAUCGAAAGCAAGGACUUCGCCAAGGCCAUGUCCAUGCGUGACUCGGAGUUUGUCGAGCACUUGAGCAACUUCAUGGCCAUCAACUCUGCCAACCACGAAGACCCAACCCUUCCUGUGGAGAAGAGAAAGAAGAUCGCCAUCAUCAAUGUCGGAGCUCCAGCUGGAGGUAUGAACAGUGCCGUCUACGCCAUGGCUACCUACUGUAUGUCGCGUGGUCACAUGCCUUACGCUAUUCACAACGGUUUCUCUGGUUUGGCUAGACACGAGUCUGUGCGUACGAUGGACUGGUUAGCCAUUGAAGGAUGGACUUCGCUCGGAGGUUCCGAAAUUGGUACCAAUAGAGCAACUCCCGAAGACACUGAUCUUGGAAUGAUUGCAUACUACUUCGAGAAGUAUCAGUUUGACGGUUUGAUCUUGGUUGGUGGUUUCGAAGCUUUCACAUCCUUAGACCAAUUGGAGAAGGCCAGAGCCAUGUACCCAAGUUUCAGAAUCCCAAUGGUGUUGAUUCCUGCUACCAUCUCCAACAACGUCCCUGGUACUGAAUAUUCCUUGGGUUCCGACACAUGUUUGAACUCGUUAAUGGAAUACUGUGACAUUGUUAAGCAGUCCGCAUCUGCUUCAAGAGAUCGUGCAUUCGUUGUUGAAGUGCAGGGUGGAAAUUCCGGAUACAUUGCAACUUUCGCCGCAUUAGCCUGUGGUGCACAAGCUUCUUACGUACCUGAAGAGGGUAUCGACUUGUCGCAAUUGGAGCUUGAUAUUAAGUCCUUGAGAGAGGCAUUCGCUUCGGAGCGUGGUUUGUCUAAGUCUGGUAAAUUAGUGUUGAAGAGCACCAAUGCUUCUAAGGUCUUGACUACUGAGGUUUUAGCUGACAUCAUCAAGCUGGAGGCUUACGGUGAGUUUGACACCAAGACCGCUAUCCCAGGUCAUGUCCAGCAAGGUGGAUUGCCAUCGCCAAUCGAUAGAACUAGAGGUACCAGAUUUGCAGUGCAGGCCGUUCAGUUCAUCGAAGACUCCUGUGACAUCAUUCUGAAGCAUAGAGACGACAUUGACUUUGCCGUGGACGACAAGAAGCUUUCUGCUACGGCGUCAGUGUUGGGUGUCAAGUCUUCGCACUUGAAAUUCACGUCUAUCAGACAAUUGUGGGAUUUCGAGACCGAGAUCCCAAAGAGAAUGCCUAAGAAGAUUUCUUGGGCCAAGACCAGAGACAUUUGCGACCAGUUGGUGGGAAGAAGCAGAAUCCAUUGA